AUGAAUUGGUUGGUGCUGGUGACUGCAGUGGCAGUGUUCGCAGUUGUGGACACUGCUGGUCCACGCCGCUGCGCUGGACGGCUCGCUCGGGAACGGCUGAAAGCCGCCGAGAAGAUCCGGGAUAAGAGGUUCUUCCUCUUCUGUUGCACGCCCACGUGCUCCUCUCUACUGCAGCGCAGGCCCAGGCCUCCGCCGACUACGAGACGUUACCAGCCUUAUCACAGGACUUGGUUUGGACUUAAAUACGGUUGCAACUGUUCAGCGUUGGGGUCAGAGAGCAACGCCUGCGAUAUUCGCACCGGACAAUGUCGCUGCAAGCCUCACGUCACCGGCCGCGCCUGUGACACGUGCGAGGAAGGCUACUGGGGGCUGGAUCACGGCGGGUGUCGGCGAUGCGAGUGCGGCGCGGGUGCGGCGGCGUGCGAGCCGGCGACGGGCGCGUGCGCGUGCGCACUGGGCGUUGGCGGCACGCGUUGCGACCGCUGCCUGCCAGGGUACUACGGCUUCGGACCCACAGGAUGCCUGCCCUGUCCGAAGUGUAGCGACGGCAAGGUGUGCUCCACGGCGAACGGCCGGUGCGUUUGUCCGGCGCGGACUCGAGGACCUGGCUGCUCUCAGUGUGCACGCGGCUUUUGGGGCCGGGCUCACGGCUGUUUACCCUGUACUUGCGGACCUGGCGCUCUCUCGUUGACAUGUGACCCAGUGUCGGGGCAGUGUGCGUGCCGUCCAGGCUGGAGCGGCAGGAACUGCGAGCGGUGCGCGGAGGGUCACUUCGGACCUCGCUGCCGUCCUUGCGGCUGCGUCAGUGCCGGAACACUCCACUGCCGGGACGGAGUCUGUCCAUGCGACGGAAACGGACGGUGCCCGUGUAAGGAGAACGUAGUCGGCGACAAAUGCGACAUGUGCCUAGAAGGUACGUUUGGUCUAUCGGAGGACAAUCCGUCGGGGUGUACGGCGUGUUUCUGCUUCGGGCGCAGCGCGCAGUGCACGCAGGCGGAAGUGACACGAGCAGCAUUGCACGCGCCUGCUCCACUGCACCUAACACUGCUGCGCGGCGACUCCAUCACUACUGUGGAUCAAGACUCCCUGCUUGCCGUGCACACCCGAUUCCCCGAGGCAACUAUAGCCGUUCCCUGGCCACCCGUGCCAGUGUACGUGGAGCUCGGCGAGUUGUUCCUUGGUGACCGCGUAAUGUCGUAUGGCGGAGCAUUAAGGUUCAGUGUCGAAGAAGAAGGCGGUGGGGAACUAUCAGCCGAGUCCCUUGAUAAGUUCCCGCUUGUCAGGCUGUAUGGACGCAAUCUCGUGUUGGAUUAUUAUGAACGCGUGCCGGCGGUGAACGGUUCGCACGCGGUGUGGCUGCACGAGUCGCUGUGGCGUGUGCGCGGGCAAGGGCAAGGCUACGGGCAGGAGUACGGGCAAGGCACGGCGUCGCGUGCUGCUCUUAUGCUGGUACUGCAGCGUCUCACGCGCGUACUGCUGCGGGUCUCGACUCGCGCGCCCGCUCAUCAGGAUCCCGUACACGUUUUGGUGCUGAAGGUGUCGCUGGAGACGGCGGUGCCGGGGCUGAGCCGCGGCGCGCCGGCGCUGGGCGUGGAGCGGUGCGCGUGCCCGCGCGGCUACGCGGCCGCGUCGUGCCAGCGCGCCGCCGCCGGCUUCUGGCUGCCGGCCGGCGAGCCGCGCGCCAGCAGCGUGGCCGGCACCAUCGUCAUCAGCGUCGACGCGGUCGCGCGGCCCUGCGCCUGCGGCGGCCGCGCCGCCGCCUGCCACCCCGACACUGGACAUUGCUUGAACUGCACGGGCGGGACGGACGGCGCGCACUGUGAGCGCUGCGCUGCGGGGUACUUCGGCUCGCCAGACGCGCCAGCCGGCUGCCAGCCCUGCGCCUGUCCUUCACGAGAAAGAAACUUCGCGAGCUCCUGUGCCAUGGUUGGGGGGAGCCUGCGCUGUCGAUGCUUGCCUGGGUACACGGGCGUGCGAUGCGAGGCGUGCGCGGUGGGGCACCGGCGCACGGCGGCUGGAGCGUGCGCGGCGUGCGCGUGCGACGCGCGCGGGGCACUGCAGACACGCUGCGACGCGCACGCACGCUGCCGCUGUAGACCCUUUGCGGCUGGCGAGAGCUGCGACCGCUGCGCGCUGCCACGACACUACCUCCACGAGGACGGCUGCAAACCUUGCGACAACUGCACACAAACACUGCUCGAUGAUAUGGAAAGGCUCACCACCAACCUACGCAUGAAAGCCGACUUGACGGAACUAAGCAGAAUACCGCAGCCGUUCCCAGCACUCCGAGAAUACGCACGCAAUACUUCUACACUAAGGAACGAUCUUUUUGACUUAAAGAAAGAUAUAGAACAAUCGAGAAACAUAGAAAGCUCCCUUAACGAUAUGGAGGUAAGAGAACAUGGCACGUUCACGAUUGCAAAUAGAGUAAAACUAGAAGCAGUAAGAAGAGAAAAAGAAGCCCAAUAUUUAAGCUUAGAGAGCAUGAGCUGGCUAGAAGAGGUUUUAAAACAAAGAAGGCUCCUAGGAGAACAAGUGGCUGCGUUGGAUGAAUUCGCAAGAGGAGAGAAGCAUUUGAGUGCACAUAGAGCGAUCAAGGAAGCCAGGCAUUUGUUGAAGAAUAUAAGAGAAAUUACAUUAUCGGACUAUAUGGCUGGAGCUGCGGACGUGUCUGACUCUGCAAACUUACAAUCGACAUCGAUCCAAGAAUACAAAUACCGAAUAGAAGAUAUGUACAAGCGCCUACACAAGUUGCAGUCUUCGCUUGAGGAAUGGGAAAGGAAAGCAGACGAUCUACCGCGCAUGGCAGAUAUUGUGUGGACUGCGGGGGACACUGUAUCCGAGCUGAGAAAACAUGUGACUCCACGAUUGGCUCAUGUGAGAGAUAUCGGAUUGCGCUGUCGUCUUAUGUUGGAAGACAUACCUAAUCUCUCCUCACACAACAUGACGGAUGAAACUAGAUCACUGCUAUUACAAACGCAAAAUUUGGCAGUUGGUUUUCCCGCCCUUAAUGAACAGUUGGUAGCACUGACAAAUGCUGCUGAAGAGAAAGAAGGAAUACUAUACAACCUGACACCAACAUACAAACAAAAGUAUUUGGAAGCUGUGGAGAGACAUGCCGCCGAGCUGGGACAGAAGGCCAAAGAAUAUAAAAGCCUAUUCGCGGGCACACGAGCGUUGGCGUCAGCGGGUGUACAGGCGGCCCACGCGUGGGCUGAAGUGGCUGAGGGCGUGGGAGCCGCGGCCGCCGCUGCGUCCGCCGCCGCGGUGGCCGCCUCGGCCGCCGGCAAGCUGGCGCGCGGGCCCAGCCCGCUGCUGCACACCGCCGACGCACAGCUGCGCGCCUCCGAGCACCUGAAGGUCAGGGGUGCCGCGGUCUUGGCUAGAGCUGAUGAACUUCGUCGACAACUGGAGCAAGCACGGAGAGGUGCAGACGUAGUGAGCGUGGCGCUGAGAGCACUGGGAUGGAAGGAACGCGCUUUGGGAGGGGGCGGGAGUGGCGAUGGAAGCGAAGUUUUUGGAACAAACGCAGUGCGCGAGGUGGUGGGGCGCGCGGGCGGGCAGGCGGACCGCGUGUUCGUGCGCGCGCGCGCGCUGUACGACGAGGCGGCCGAGCUGCGGCGCCGCGCGCGCUACCAGCUGCGCCGCCGCCUGGCCGACCUGCAGCGCCUGGGCGACACCGCGCUGGGGGCGGCGCAGGAACACGUGUCGCAGAUCCGCGGCAACACGAUACGCGGCGCCGAAGUGGCGGAAGCACUGGCUGCGGCGGCGGCGGCGCGCGCUCGCGAGCACCAGGUCGCGGCCGCCGCGCUCGACGCGCCGCUCGCCGCACUGCGGCACCGCGCCGCCAGAGCACGACACGCCGCAGCCUCCAUUUCUGUAUCGGUGACGUCUCCGCUGGCUGGCCCGGGCUGCGCUCGAGCGUUUGCGGUCAGCGGUGGCAGCAGCGUCACUCGACUCGCACUCGCUGUAUCCUUCGACGGCAGCGUGCGGAAUGGCACGCUCCUACUGCUAAAAGACCUGGAAUCAGAACGCUACAUAAAACUAUCAGUGGAAAAGGAAAAACUGAGGCUGACUUGGGACGUGGGCUCUGGGGAAGGUGUGAUCACACAUCCCGAGCCUUUGCAACCAACCCACGACGAUGCCGACCACAUGUCCUACAGGAUAGAAAUUGAGAGAGUGUGGAGCACGGUGCGUUUGAGAGUGGAGCGCGCGGGGUCGAGCGUGGUGGUGAGCAGCAACAGCACGGGUGGGGGCGCGGGCUCGCUGGCGGCGGGCGUGCUGUGGCUGGGCGAGGCGGCGGCGCCGCUGGCGGGCUGCGUGCACGCGCUGCACGCGGACGAACGCGCGCUCGGCCUGUGGGCGUUCGCGCGCCAGCCGCCCGCCGCACGCUGCGUCGCCUGCACGCACAGGUGGUACAGCGCGGGCGCUCGCGGCGAGCCGGGCAUGGCGUGGUUCGGCGGCGCCGGCUAUGCCGAGCUGCGCCGAGCCGGCGCCCGCGCCGCCGAGCGACGACACUUCAGCCUCUCUUUCACAUUCCGUACGCGCGACGAGGACGCACUUCUCUUCAUGGCGCUCGACGAGGCCAACAACCGGUCGGUGUCGGUGGAGCUGGUGUCGUGCCGCGUGGUGUUCCGCGUGGUGUACUCGCGCGCGCGGCUGGAGAUCGCGGCGGGCGGCCGCCACUGCGACGGCCGGCCCGCACACGUGCAGGCCAUACGCGUCUUCGCCGCCAACAAGCUUGAGAAAGGCAGCUUGCGCGUGAACGGCGAGGAGACGCUGGGCUCUCCCUCGCCGCCCGUGCAGGAGGCGGCGGCGCUGCCCGAGCCGGCCGCGCGCUUCUUCGUGGGCGGCGCGCCGCCCGGCGCCCCGCACGCCGCGCGCCCGCUGCUGGGCUGCCUGGGCGCGCUCACCGUCGACCGCCAGGGCUACGACCUCAUGGACACGCCCUACCGACACGGCGUCGAGCGCUCUUGCGGUGCUAAGACGCUGCGUUCGGCGAUAGUAAGUGAAGCGGGGUACAUCGAGCUAGCGGCACCUGCGCUGCGGCGGCGCAGUGCGCUGGGCCUGUCGUUCCGAAGCCGCGCCGCUAACGCGCUGCUGCUGUGCCGCGCGCCCGCACACACCGCCGACAGUGACGACAACGACGACGUCGACCCCGACGACAAACAUUAUCUCGCGCUGGCGAUGGUAGAAGGCGAACUAGAGGUGGUAGCGGCAGCGGGUAAGGGCGAACUCAGACUGCGCUUCAACGGUACAAAGUUCAAUGAUGGCAGAACACACACGGUGCGGAUCGUACGCGCACACAAACAGGUGGAGGUGUGGGCGGACGAGCGGCGGCUGGGCGCGGGCGCGCUGGCGGGCGGCGGGCUGGCGGCGCGCGCGCGCGGCCUCUACCUGGCCGGCGCGCCGCACGCGCUGCGCACGCCGCGCCUGCCCGCCGCCGGGCUCGCCGGCACCGUCACCGACUUCAUCGUCGACUCCGAACUGAUCGGUCUGGAGAGCGCUGUAUCUUGGCGCGGCGCUCAGCUGGGCCGCGCGGAGAGCGAGCCACGCGCACAGUCCGUAGAGCCGCACGCACUGCACACACAGCCCGAACAAGUCGGCUGCGCCAAGACGUCGUCGUACACGGUGGAGGCGGGAGCGGUGAAGUUCGGCGACGUGGCGGGCAGCCACGCCACGCUCAAGCUGCCGUCGAGACGCGAGCUGAUGCUGGCACUGCACUUCCGCACCUUCGCACACGACGGACUGUUGCUGCUGCUGCCGGGUUCGAAAACAAAACCAAAGCAUUACAUGGCGCUGAUGAUCCGCGAGGGUAAGCUGAAGCUAAUAGUCCGCGGCAGAAGACGUCGCGAACUGAACCUCGCCGCAUUCGUUGCUGACGGCACCUGGAGAGCUGUGUCCGUGCGCGUGGGGCGGUCGCGGCUGGUGCUGGAGAGCGGCGGCGCAGCGGCCACGGCUCGCGCGCCGCCGCUAGCCCGCGCCGCCCGGCUCUACGUGGGCGGGCUGCCCGCACAUGCCGCCGUACCGCACCUGCCCAAUAACAUCGUGCGCCUGCGCGGGCUGGUGGGGUGCGUGCGGCGCGUGAGCGUGAACGGGCGCGCCGAGGACCUGGUGCGCGACGCGCAGGCGCACCGCGGCGUCGGCCAGUGCUUCCCAAACAUCGAGCGCGCCGCGUACUUCGCCGGUGACGCUUACGCGGUGUGGGCGACUCGAUGGUGGACCGAGGACAUGGAAUCGGCCGAGUUGAAACUCCAGUUUCGUUCUACUUCACCCAACGGUGUGCUGCUUGCCUCCAACGGUUUCGUGUUGGAGCUCAAAGAUGGCGCGGUGGUGCUGAGCGUGGGCGAGGCGUGCGUGACGUCACUGGCGUCGGGCGGGCGCGCAGCGUGCGACGGCAGGUGGCACGGCGUGCGUGCGCGCGUGUCGAGCGCCGCCGCGCUACUGACGCUGGACUCGGAGCCCGAGCAGCGCUCCGUGUCGCCGGCUCCCUCCUCCGCCCCGCCGCACGCGCCCGCGCCGCUGCACGUCGCCGCGCUGCCCGAAGGCGCUUCAGACACGGCAGAAGGACGGGAGAACUUCAAGGGUUGCAUCCGCGACGUAAGCGUGGCGGGUCAGACUUUAGACUGGAGCGAAAUGGAGUCGCUUCAUAACGUGUUGCUCGACUCUUGUCCCAUACCGCAGUGA